AUGGCCGACGACGCCGGCCAGUCGGACGAGUACGUGACCUUCAACGUCAAGUCCUCCAACGACGCCAAGUACACUCUGAGCCUGCCGCGCACCACCACCGUCGGCGACUUGAAGGCGAAGCUCGCAGCCUCCGAAUACGCCGAUACGCCUGCCGACCGCCAGCGUCUGAUCUACUCGGGCCGCGUUCUCAAGGACCACGACACUCUCGACUCCACUAAGAUCAAGGAUGGCAACACGAUACAUCUUGUGAAGAGCGCAGCGAGCAAUGCGCGCCAGAACCCCACCAGCCAAGGCUCCGCUGCUGCUGUCCCCGGCGCCGGCGCCCCCAGGAGCAACGUCCCAACCAGCUUUGCCACUGGUACCGGGAACGAUCCUCUGGCCGGCCUCACCGGCGCCCGUUACGCCGGUAUGAUGGGCCUUCCUGGUGCCGGCGCGUUUGGUCCUGACGGUGGGAUGGGCGCGCCGCCCGACCCUGAUCAGCUGCUGCGCCAGCUCGACGACCCCAACACCCUCCAGCUCAUGACCGAGGCGAUGAAUAACCCCAUCGUCAUCCAGCAGAUCCGCAACAGCCCCAUGUUCCGCAACAACCCCAUGAUGCAGCAGAUGUUCGAUAAUCCUGCUUUUCGCCGUAUGCUCACAGAUCCGGAGGUAAUAAGGCAACAAAUGCAGAUGGCGCGCUCCUUUGGCGGUCUGGGCGGCCCCGGAGGCGGCAACAGCUCAUUCCCGGCGCCUGGUGUCACCAACACCACUCCUCAAGGUCAGAACGCAGACAACAGCACGGCCAGCACAACGACUGGCGAAGGCGCCACGGAGACACCGAAUCAGCCCAACACCACCGGUCCUACAAGUCCUCCGCCCAACCCUUUCGCCAUGUUUGGCAACCCUGCCGGCGCAGGUGCAGGCGGUGCAGCAGGUAACCCCUUCGCUGCUCUCUUCGGCCCCCCUCCCACCGGCGCGCAAGCCCCCGGGCAGAACCAAGAAGGCCAAGGUCAGGGUGCGCCUCCGGCGAAUCCCUUCGGCAACCUCUUCGGCGCCGUCGGCGCCGGCGCCGCUCCCGGCGGCCAAGCAGAUCCCAUCCAGACCGCUGCACAGAACUUGAUGCAAAAUCCUGAGGCGAUGCGCGCAACGAUGCAACUGCUCGGUCUCGGUCCUCCUGGUGCUGAGGGGAACACAGGCGCUCCAGGUGGCGAUGCGGGCGCCGUUAACCCCUUUGCCGGCUUGUUCGGCGGCGCCGGCGGCGCCGGCUUUCCCCAGGCACCUCCGGAUAAUCGGCCGCCGGAGGAGCGUUACGCGGAUCAGUUGAGGCAGUUGAAUGACAUGGGAUUUUACGAGUUCGAGAGGAACAUCCAGGCAUUGAGGAGGAGCGGUGGUAGCGUGCAAGGCGCGGUGGAGUAUCUCCUCAAUGGUUCAUAA